UGAUGUUCAAACAUGGUGUAGACAAAACGGAUUGCUGUCAACUACGUUCAAAUGUCCGUACAAUUGCGACGGCCAGAUGUUCCUUAAGGUACUUGCUAGAGCACCUGGAGGCGCCAUUUUUAGAUGCAAUCGGAAUAGAGACCACACAAGAGCAUCACGCACCUAUUCGUUUUUUGACAGAAGCAACCUCAUGAUGCAGGAUAUAAUGGUAUUUUUGAAAUCCUACUUGGAAAAAUGCAGUCUGGCACAAUGCGCUAAAUUCUCUGGAAUGGCAUAUGGAUCCACUGCAGUCAACUGGGCGAGCUUUACUCGAGAGCUAUUCAAAGAGUAUUUUUAUACGAAUUUGCGAUUAAGGAAGCUGCAAGGUGUUAUAGAGAUAGACGAGUCUCUUUUUGGCCGGAGGGUGAAAUUCCAUAGAGGAAACCCUAACCGUGGAUUGAAGAUUUGGAUUUUUGGCAUGGUUGAAAGAGAAACAAAUGCACUGAUCAUGUACCCUGUAUCAGAUCGUACAGAAGACACCCUCAUUCCUGUCAUAGAACGCCACGUGGAAAAAGGGUCAACUAUUUACAGUGAUGGGUGGUCCGCUUACUGUAAACUUAAUGACCAUGGAUACAACCACUUUACUGUACUUCAUAAGUAUUCUUUCAAGAAAACCUAUGUAAACACCAACACAAAGGAGGUAGUUGAAGUCCACACAAACAGAAUUGAAGGUGCAUGGAAACAUGCAAAAGAUCACUUCAGGAGACUGGUGGGCACCAAACUAUCUCAAUUUGAAGGACAUCUAGCAGAAAUAAUGUGGCGGUCAGCAGAGAGGGGCAAUGUGUACGAGGCAUUUUUCAAUUUGUUGAGAAGUGUUUAUGCAUUGGAUGGACCAGCACGGUACACAUACCCUUCUCCGCUGUUCAACACGUGGGAGGGAGUACCAGAAAGUCAGUCCAAAAUUGAUGAUUGGGAAAUAAGACCAGAAAACACUGAUGCAGAAAGCGAGGCAGAAUCGCAGAAUGAGACCUCUUCGGAAUUAUCAACACUACAGGAAGACAGCGGCACCAUUUUGCCUAACAGGGUGCUAUCAUCGGCUGAGUUACAGGAGCGACAGAUGCGUGAACAAUCAUCUCUGGAUAGAUUAUUUGAUGUCAUGUUCGAAGGGUCCGCAAGUGAGGACGAAGGAGACUGUACCCUCACAGAAUCAACAGCUCCAGCAGGUAACCUGGUCUAUCAGAAAAAAAAUAUUUAA